CGCAGCGACACCUUCACCCUCUUCCUCUCGCUGCCCGCCUUGCCGUCGCCGUCACCUCACAUCACCUCUCGCUGCCUCGGCGGACGCAGCGCCGCACUACUCUCGCAUCAACGUGCGCUCAGAGCAGAGUUCGCUCGCGCCAUCUCCCAUCACAUCACAUUGCGCACCAGCACGCCACGGCCGCCGCAUCACACCGUCUCUCAACGCCCCUCCGCUGCAGCAGCCAAGCACAAGCCGCACAGGUCGCCGCAGCACCGCAGCGCCUCGCUCCACGCCCGUGCCUGAGACGCAGGUCCCAGCCGCGUCUGCCGCGCCCCUGCCCUCCCGCGCGGCCUGAGUCAGCGAUCUUUCAGGCGCCGGCAGCAUGGCGGGCAGCCACAGCACCGAUGAGGGUGCCUCGCACUCCAACGCACCCUCCAACCUCGCCGCUCAGCGCCCGUCCGCGCCGAGCUCGCCGGGCCCGGGCUUCUCGCGCCCCGCUGCCACGGCCAACGCGCUGCGCCGCGCCUCGGUGCAGCCGGUGCCGACGGCCAGCAGCGACGGCGGCGCCGGCAGCCCCUUCUCGGGCGCCGGCGGCGCCGGGCGUGUCUUUCCGCGCAGUCUGACGCACGACGUCGCCAACAGCGGCCACGGCUUCGCACCGCCUGCGUCUCCGGCGCACGGACGCCGCUCUUCGAUUGCUGGCCGCGCUGGCCGCCAGCAGCAGGGCGACGCCGAGGCGGGCGAGGGCGAGGCGCGCUACGCCGGUGCAUCGGGCUUCAACCUGGAGGGCCGCAGCUACCGCUUCCAGACGGCAACGCACGACGGCACGCAGCUCGGCCGCUCGUACACGGCCACGUCGGGCACGAUCCGCGACAGCACGGCGCUGUUGGCGGGCAUGGCGCUCAUGUCCGACGACGACGAGAGCAACUCGUCGCGCAUCGAGGAGCGCGACGAGGGCGAGGCGGAGCUCACGGCGCCGGCGCGCCUCGAUGGGCUGUCCAGCAGCGCGGGCGGCAAGUCAGGCUCGUACCUGAGCGCCGAGCGCGGACCUAGCAAUCUUAGCCGCGUCAUGGCUUCUAGCGCCGGCACCAGUCCGGCCACCGUGCGUGCCGUUCGCAGCAACGAGGGCUCGCCGCGCGAUGCAGAUGCUACGCCCAAGGCACAGCGCUCGCCUAACUCGGGCCAGGGCAAGUUCAUCUCGCCGCAGGCCCCGGCGUCGGAGACUACGCCCUUGCUUGCGGGCGCCAACGAGCGCAUCGGGCGCGACCCGCAGCUCUCCAGCUCGCAGAGCCAGCAGAAGCGCGAUCGCAGCACCAGCACGAGCAGCAGUUCGCGCUCGGGCGGUGUGGUGCGCGCGCUGCGCGGUGAUGCGCGCAAGAUCGUCCAGAGCCCCGGCGCCGUCUCUGGGCUCUCGAUUCCGGCGUCUGCUGCGUUCGGCGACGCUGUGGCUGCCAACGAGUCGGGCUUCAGCCUGCGCGGCUCCAACAGCGGCUCCGGCAGCGGCGUGCGCAACGUGUACGGCUCUGGCGCGCUGGCGCAGGCGUCUGCCGAGGCCGAAGCGGCGGGCAGCAGCGGCAUCGAGACGCAGCGAGCCGGCGGCGACGGCGACGGCUCGCGCAUGUCGCUGCCGCCGCCGGGCCCCAACUACCAGGUGCACUGGGCGCUGCCGGACGACACGGACUACGACACUGAGGACCGGCCGAUCUCUGCUGCCUGGGCCAUCGUGCCCACGGCGCUGCGGCCCGGCAAGGGCGCGCGCCCGCUGCGCGCCGGCUUCUCGCCGUCGGACUACGUGCGCUCGGGGCGCGACUCGCUGAGCAAGCUGACCUGGACCGACGUGCUUGAGGCGGGCAAGGAGCCCGUGCGCUGCCUGCCCGCCGUCAUCCUCGGCCUGCUGCUCAACGUGCUCGACGGCGUGUCGUACGGCCUGAUCAUCUUCCCAAACUCGUAUCCCAUCUUCUCCGACUUUGGCGGCGACGGCGUGAGCAUGUUCUUCGUGACCUGCGUCAUCUCGCAGCUCGUCUACUCGCUCGGCGGCUCAAUCUUCCGCGGCGGCAACGCAUCGAUGAUGAUCGAGGUCGUGCCCUUCUUCCACAUUCUCGUGCAGGGCAUCCUCGACGAGCUGGGCGACAGCGACCCGGCGGCCGUCAUCUCGACGACGAUCGUCUCGUUUGCCAUGUCGUCGAUCUUCGCCGGCAUCGUCUUCCUCAUCCUCGGCUGGUUCCGCCUGGGCCUGCUCAUCGGCUUCUUCCCGCGCCACAUCCUCGUCGGCUGCAUUGGCGGCGUCGGCGUCUUCCUGAUCGAGACGGGCCUCGAGGUCAGCAGCCAGCUGCGCUCCGAGGAGGGCUUCCAGUGGAACCUCGAGAGCUGGAACUACCUGACGCAGUCGUGGGACAUGGUGGCGCACUGGGCGCCCGCGCUCGGCCUGGCGAUCCUGCUGCGCGUCAUCACGGCGCGCUACCACCAGCCGCUCAUCUUCCCGACCUACUUCCUCGUCAUUCCCGUCAUCUUCUACAUCUUCGUCGUCGGCGCGGGCCGCCAGUCGGUCGACUCGCUGCGCGAGCACGGCUGGGUGUUCGACAUCGGCAAUGCCGGCGACGUGCCCUUCUGGCACUUCUACACGUACUUCGACUUCCGCAAGACGAGCUUCCGCGCGCUGUGGUCGACGAUGCCCACGCAGCUGGCGCUGACGUUCUUCAGCAUCCUGCACGUGCCGCUCAACGUGCCUGCGCUGGCGAUCAGCGUCAACGAGGACAACCUGGACACCGACCGCGAGCUCGUGGCGCACGGCAUCUCCAACAUCCUCGCCGGCUUCGCGGGCUCCGUGCCCAACUACCUCUGCUACGUCAACUCGGUGCUCUUCUACCGCGUCGGCGGCGGCAGCCGCACGUCGGGCGUCAUGCUGGCCGGCGGCACGUUCGCCAUCCUGCUGGCGGGCCCCGGCGCCAUCGGCUACCUGCCCAUCGUCGUCGUGGGCGCGCUCAUCUUCGUGCUCGGCAUCGACCUCGUCAAGGAGGCCGUGUGGGACACCGUCGGCCGCGUCAACGGGUGGGAGUACUUUACAAUCUGGGUCAUCCUGGGCACGAUGACGUACUACGACUUUGUCGUGGGCAUCCUCGUCGGCGUGAUCCUGGCGUGCCUCUUCUUCGUCGUGCAGACGAGCCGGCGCCCGUGCGUCAAGUCCAUCCUCGACGGCACGGUGGCGCGCAGCACGGUGCGCCGGCACACGACGCAGCGCCAGUUCCUCGACGCCGUCGGCAGCCAGCUGCAGCUGCUCAAGCUCAACGGCUUCCUCUACUUUGCCAACAUCAGCUCCGUCGAGGAGCUCAUCCGCCGCGCGCUCGACAUCGCCACGUGGCAGCACACGCCGAUCCGCUUCAUGAUGGUCGACUUUUCGCUCGUGUCCGGCAUCGACUUCUCGGCUGCCGAGGCGUUCACGCGCAUCCAGCGCCUGCUCGAGACGAAGGGCGUGGUGCUCGUCUUCUGUGGCCUGACGCCGGAGAGCGACGUCGGCUCUGCCCUGCGCGCCGUCGACAUGUGGCCCGAGGUGUUCCAGAAUCUCAACGAGGCGCUGACCUGGACCGAGAACAGCUUGCUGCGCGGCAUGUACGCAUCGAACAUGAGCGCCGGCAAGCAGUUCAGCCAAGCCUCGCUUGCUGCCGGAGGCGGCUUGGACGUGCCGGAUAAGAAGCGGCAGCCCGCAUUUGUGCUCGACGAGACCGUCGAGAACUCGCCUCGCCGGCACCACCUGCACCAGGCUGCGCUCGAGGCCACCAAGGGCUCAUCCUCAGCAAUGGCGGCGGUGCGGCGGAACGCAGGCAUUGCCGAGGGCGGCCAGGCGAGCGACCGCCAGGCGUCUGCACCGCGCACCCAGCCGCUGGCACUGCUGCUCGUCACAUUCUCAGCGUACGCCGGGCCAGACGCGGACGAGGCGCUCUUCGCCGAGCUGGCCUCGUACUUCCGGCCCAUGCACGCCGCCGAGGGCGAGACGCUGUGGGAGCAGGGCGACGAGUCCGACUCGCUCUACCUCAUCGAGGCCGGCAUCCUCAACGUGCGCUACGACUUCGAGGAGGGCUUCGAGCUCAACGAGCGCGUCCUCGCCGGCACGCUGGCCGGCGAGCUCACGUUCCUCUCGUGCGAGCCGCGCAACACGACGGCGCACGUCGAGCUCGACUGCACGCUGCAUCGCAUCGACCGCGCCAGCAUGAAGGAGCUCGAGCAGAAGUCGCCCGCCGUGUUCGGCGCCUUCGUCCAGAUGCUGCUGCGCGCCACGGCCGAGGAGCAGAGCCAGCUCAUGAGCUACCUCGUCUCGCGCCUCUCUUAGACUGCUCGCUACUCCUACACGUUCCCCUGCUGUCCACCCAAGCUUUGCCCACUGCCCCUGACGAAUGAAACAGAUAAUAGCA